GAGCUGCCACCUUUACGUUCUGCUGGUGUAGUUUAGAAUCCAGGGAAACGUUUGAAAUCAUGGAAGAGGCAGACGGAAACCACAGUGUUCUUGAGGUGACCAGUAGCAGUCGCGAUGAGAGCAACAGCUGCAGAACGAUGUUUCAUAUGGUGAUAAAGAUGAUCAACAAGUCUCGAUUGAAGAUCCUUGGAGUAUUGGCAAUAUUUUUGGUGAUGGUGGGGUAUAUAAUAUCCCGAGAAGAAAGGUACGUACAGCUUUUCUAUUUCCCUUUGCAAGAUGACAAGAUGACUUGUCCACUGGGGGAGGUGGAAAGGAAAGCAACGCAGUUCAUAGCAAAUUACACACGGGAACAUCCGCUGUUUUUACAGCUGAAGGAUUACUUCUGGGAAAAGACCCCUUCGGUGUAUGAACUGCCAUAUGGUACUAAAGGAAGUGAGGACAUUCUCCUGCGGGUCCUGGCAAUCACAAGUUACUCACUCCCUGAAAGUGUUCAAAGUUUGAAGUGCCGGAGAUGUGCAGUGGUGGGGAAUGGACACCGGCUCAGAAACAGUUCCAUGGGGGACACAAUUAACAGAUAUGAUGUUGUUAUCAGGUUGAACAAUGCACCAGUUCAUGGUUAUGAGCAUGAUGUGGGCUCCAAGACCACUAUGCGCCUCUUCUAUCCAGAGUCUGCUCACUUCAACCCCAAAACUGAAAAUAACCCCAAUACCUUGUUAGUGCUGGUGGCCUUCAAACCUAUGGAUUUCCAGUGGAUGGAAACAAUUCUCCAUGACAAGAAGAGAAUUCGGAAGGGCUUCUGGAAGCAGCCCCCACUAAUCUGGGAUGCCAAUCCUGAACAAAUCCGAAUUCUCAACCCUUACUUCAUGGAAAUAACUGCUGUUAAGUUACUUAAACUUCCGACAAAACAUCUGCGGAAGAUUAAACAGAAACCAACCACAGGAUUAGUGGCCAUCACCUUAGCAUUGCACUUCUGUGACUUGGUACAUAUUGCUGGCUUUGGAUACCCAGAUUCCUCUAACAAGAAGCAGUCCAUACACUACUAUGAGGAAAUCACAUUGAAGUCGAUGGCUAGUUCGGGACACAACAUCUCCCAUGAAGCACUAGCAAUAAAAAAGAUGCUUGGAAUGGGACUCAUCAAGAACCUCACUUACUUCUGAUGGGACGUGGACUGCGACUUCUGAGUUGGCUGCUAGGCCAACAGGAGGAGGCCUGCCUUGGCUGGCGUCCUCCCACCCGCAGCUUUCCUUCCCCCUGCCUCUGACAGUGACUGCUGUGAAGAUCUCACAACUUUGCUCUAAUGACACGCAGGAACAGGGUGGAAAGCUGGGUCGGCAGCUAAGAACAGAAAGGAUCCUGGGAAGUCAGACGAUGGCAACGGUAGAGUUAGGCGAACUUUACAGAUUCUGCCAUCUCUGGAGCCCUCCUCUGUCGGACACCUGAGGGAUUUCCUCUGCAUUGAAUGGAGGCUCUUGGGAGCCUGAGCGCCUGAAGUCUUCACCCUGUGGCAUGUAUGCAUCCUUUUGGGGCCCUGGACCUGACUGACUAGCGGGCCUCUGGGGCUGUACUUUUGUGGGAUUUCCCCAUCACAGGACAUGCUGCUACCUUAAUCACUUUUUGCCUUCCCACUCUUGAGAUGCAGUGGUGGCUGUUUACUAGGCUAUUUAAGUUAUAACCAUGUCAGGGUCUCUUGAUGGAGCAGCAGGAGGCAACUGUGUGAAGGAUUAUUGGCUGUCGGCCAUCUUGUCCCCCCCACCUCUAUUUGAAUCAAGAUGUGAUGAAACAAUGGGUCCCCCCUGUGCUGGAAUAACUGGUGCUGUCCAGGGAAAAGCUGUUAGGGAUAGGAUAAUUAUAGUGUUGCCCACUCAUUUUUUUUUUCAGCUAUUGCUUUCUGGAGGAUAUAGCAUAGAAAGAGAACACCCAACAGUAUUUUGAUAGUGGUUUUUAUACUAAAAAACAAUGAAGCUGAAUUGAACGUACUGGGUUCCUGGACUCUUGGCUGAAAGAGAAUCCUCCUUCUGUGAAGGUGUGUGUGUGCAUGUGUGUGUGUGUGUGUGUGUUUAUGCCCAGCCCAGUAUCCCAAGUCUGUUCUUGGGAAGAACCUUAUUACGAGUUGUAGGAUUUCCCUCCUCCAGUAUGUGGUAGCCACAUCCCCGCAGGAAUAGGACUGCAAUAAGAAAUGAAAAGGGGGGUGGGGUGGGGGACCUGUCCUGGCCAAAACUGAGACUUGAAGGAAGGGGGAAGAAUUAGGGGACAGAGGAGAUGUGGGUGAGAAGGAACAGCUCACAUGCAAUUCCUCACAAACAGAACCGGAACUUGUACAGCACCUUGUCUGCCUUUUCCACUAGGAAAGGGGGAUGUUUGGGUUAUUCAAGACGAAGCCUCUUCUUGUGGGGGAAGGGGGGGCUAAGAAAUGGGUUGAAUUUCAAAGUAAGCUGCAGCAUCGCAUGGGUGGGAGUGGGUAGUCCGUACAUUUCAGAAAUGAACCCUUUGAACACAUCCGUCUGGCGUGGGGCAGGAAAUCCACGCUUGGGGGGGGGUGCGGUUGGGAAGAGUCUCUCCAAACCAUUUGUUUUUGUGUGGGAAUAAAUAUUUUAAAACUUUUUUUCUUCUUUUAAAAAUUUCAACUUUGCAAUCAGGAUUUAUUUAUUUCCCCUGAUGUCAAGGGUACUAGUUUAAAUGGUUUGACAUCUGCCACCUUUGGCUUUUUCCAUGAGCAGGGGAAAAAAAAAAGAGGGAAAUGGUGAUAUAAGCUUUCCUCUGCAGAGGGGAGGGGGAACAAUCCCUCUCCUUCACCUUGCAAUUACCAAUGUGCCUUAGCCAUGGGUGAAAGUGUCCAACUUCCAGGGAGCUUAAUCUCCAGUGGUCAUUACAUCCUUUGCCAAGAAGGACCGUCCAUGGUUUGGCCCCUGCAAACACCCAGGAGCGUUGGCAGUUGAAUUGGGAGCUGAUUUGAAACCGAAACCCCAGAUUGCUCAGUGGGGGGAGGGGGAGAGACCAUUUUUAAUGAAAAUAUGUGUUCCGGGAGGAAGGGUUUUUUUUUUUUUUGCAUCCUGCAGGCAAUGUGGAAAUGUCUUUCCUGACCAAGUGAUAACUGCAGCUCAGUGUUAAGUAUCAAUAAAUUUAAUUUAAAACGAA